CGCAGCCGCCGAGAGUUGCACGUUGAGAGGAACAAAUCUAGCAAGAAAGUGAUUUCGAUGGAUGACUUGGUGUUGUGGGCUUUGGCUGGCUUGCUGCUGCUCUUCUGCUGUUUGGACGUGUGGUACUACCUGCGCUUCGUGGGGGUUUUACUCCGAGCUUGGUUCCUCAAGCCCGUGUUCGACAUUACAGCAGAGCAGACUGUAGGAGGCCAAGUCCUCCUCCAUGACAUCGACAUGUGCCACAUGAACAAUGCUCGCUACUUGCGCGAGUGUGACUUUGCCCGGAUCUCCCUGUACGCCCGUAACGGUGUACUGAAGGCCACACGGGCCUUAGGGGCCAACUUGGUGGUUGGAGCAUCUACUGUCCGCUACAGGAGACCUUUGUGCAUCGGGGAGACAUUUGAGCUGCGCACUCGCAUCGUCACCUGGGAUGAGAAAGCGUUUUAUCUGGAGCAGCGCUUCGUGUCUCGGAAGGAUGGAAUAGUUGCAGCGGUCAUGUACUGUAAACAGAAUGUACUGCGCACCAGCCCUGAUAAGAUCCUACAAUACCUGUGCAAGAGGAAGGUUGAGGUUCCUGAUUUCCCUGAAGAGCUGCAGCACUGGAUUAGUUUUAUAUCAGCAAGCAGUCAGUCUCUGAAAGCUGAAAGUGGACUGAAGGAGAAGAAAAGUGAAUAAGGAUCAACAUUAGCUUGCUGUCUUCAUGAUGCAGUGAUGUACGUCUGUUCUGAUAUGUGAAAUACAUUAGGCUGCAGUCCUGACACUGUAUGAAUGUAAAUGUAACCACAGUGUUGUAUGAAUUAUUUACAUGAAAGGGCUGGAACAGUUCUAAGGUGUCGGUGUUCUGUAUGUGGUGGGUGCUGCAGGGUAACAUAGAUCUGAAGGACUUGAGGAGUUUGAUCUUACUGUCUCUCCAAAACUUUUGGAUUGGGUUCUUUAUAUUGGUGCUAGACGUGAGUGUAUGAGUUGAUGAGUGAGUGUUGCCUGUGUCCUGCAUUACUACUAACAAAGAUUAAAAGAUCUGCCUAAGAAAGAGGGUGGUUUAUUAUUAUUAUUAUUAUUAACAUAGAUUAUUCUUGUGUUAUCAAAAGUAUUUUGAUGCAGAAAUCAUCUAGGAAAUAAAAAUGACACAUUACACAACAAUAAAAACAUAUACAGAUAUACACAAUAGUGUACACUUAAAAACAUAAAUGCAUAACCACAUUUGCUUGGGGACGGCAUGGUGGGUAGUGCUGUUGCCUCGCAGCAGUCCGGGUCCUUUCUGUGUGGAGUUUGCAUGUUCUCCCCGUGCCGGCGUGGGCUUCCUCUGAGAGCUCCGGUUUCCUCCCACAGUCCAAAGACGUGCAAGUGAGGUGAAUUGACUGUGUUUGACAUUAAACUUGUGAACUGAUUAAUCUUGUGUAACAAGUAACUACUGUUUCUGUUAUGACUGUAACCAAGUGUGUAAGUAAAACAUGACGUUAAAAUCUUAAUAAAUAAAUAAUACAUCAAUCAAA